AUGUCGAAUCCAACUUCGCCUACUGUAAAAUCACCAGCAAAUGCAGCUCAAAUACAUUCAACACAAACUGAAAAUGUUCAUGUACAAUCGGUUAUUCAAAGUGAAACUCAAUCCAAGGUUAGCAUUGCAAAUAACAAGAAGGUAGCAGAUCUUAUGGCACGUCUUGGAACAACUUAUCUUCAAGUUGAUAAAUAUUCACGUAAACGUACUGAGGAAAUUAAUGAAGCUGUGGCUGAAUCGAUUAAAAAAGUUGUUGCUGAUACACAAUUACAACAACAACAACUUCUUACUGAUGCAAAUUUACGUACAAAUGGAAUUGAAGAUGAAUUUAGAUUGAGAUUACAAGAAUAUGUUGCUAAACUUGAUAAUGAAAAGGCAACUGUACUUGUUCAACUUGAAAGAGAUCUUGAUGUUCGACAAGAAGCUAUACUUGAAUCGGCUCGUAAACGUAUUGAUGAUCUUAACUCAGAAGCUAAUCGUCUAAAAAUGAAUGUUCUUAAAGAAUGUCAAGCUCAAAGCAGUGCACAAAUUACCAAAAUUACUGAACAAGUUGCUGUUCUUGAACAUGAAGACGCAUCACGUCGUCUUGCAUCGACCACUACAACAACUAUUACAACUAAAGCCGUAGCUGCCGGUGAAGGACAUGUUCAUGAUCAUUCAGUAGCACAUGACAAGCCAACAACACAUGUUGAAACAUUGAAAUCAUCAAACAGUUCAUCAGCAACAUCUACUGAAUCUUGUCAAAAAUAA